GGCGGCGGCAUCGAAGCCCUUCCGCGGCGGGCUCCGCGUGGCGCGCCGGGCAGGGAGGGACGGGAGGCCGGCCGCCCGUUCGCGGCCCCCUGGUGGAGCGGCUCCGCAUGGCCCGCGCGCCGGACUCCGCCGCUGCCACCGCCCCUGCCGCUGCCCGGCUCGCCCCCGGCUGGCUACGGAGAUAGGAGGCAGCGGCCGGCGCCCCUUCCCUCCGGAUCGCCAGCAUGAACGUAGCUCUCCAGGACCUCGGCAACAACAUGGCUGAGUAUAAGCGAGCAAUGUUCCAGGAUGAUGAAGUCCUUGAUACCACUGGAGAUGGCAGCAACACAUCUCCGGACAGCGUUGAGGUGGGCUUCCGAAAAGGUGAUGGCCUCCUGCUGAGUCGCCUUGGAUCCCAAAUCCAGCUGAAAUUGGUCUUCUGGGUGGUUUCCCUCUUUGUGGCUGUUCUGCUUCUGAGUACAAUCAUUGCCAUGGGCAUCCAGUACAGUAGAGAUCCCUCACAUACAACUUGCCUUACCGAAGCGUGCAUCAUUGUAGCUGGUAAAAUCUUGGAGGCUCUGGACCAAGAUGUCAAGCCCUGUGAUGAUUUUUACCGGUAUGCUUGUGGGGGAUGGAUCAAGCGGAACCCACUGCCAGAUGGGCGCUCCAAGUGGAGUACCUUCAACAGUAUUUGGGACCAAAACCAGGCUAUCAUGAAACACCUGUUGGAAAAUGCCACUUUCAACUCGAGCAGUGAGGCUGAAAGGAAGACGCAGCGCUAUUACUUAUCCUGCCUCAGAGAACAGAAGAUUGAGGAACUGGGGUCCCAGCCACUAAUUGAUCUGAUUGAGAAGAUUGGAGGCUGGAACAUCACCGGCUCCUGGAACCAGACCAGCUUCAUGGACGUUUUGAAACUGGUCUCUGCAACCUAUCGAGCUUCCCCGUUCUUCACUGUUUUUGUGGGACCUGAUUCUAAAAGCUCCAAUAGCAACAUCAUCCAGGUGGAUCAGUCUGGCCUAUUUUUACCUGCGCGAGAUUACUACUUGAACAAGACAGCCAACAAGAAGGUGUUGACUGCAUAUCUGGAGUACAUGGUGGAGCUGGCGAUGCUGUUGGGUGGAACCAGAAGCUCAGUAGAAGAACAGAUGUGGCAGGUGCUGCUCCUGGAGACUCAGUUGGCCAACCUCACGGUCCCCCAAGAUGAACGGCGGGACGAUGAGAAGAUUUACCAUAAGAUAACCAUUGCUGAGUUGCAGGUUCUUGCCCCUGCUGUGAACUGGCUGGACUUCAUCUCCUACUUCCUUGCACCACUCGAACUAACAGAUGUGGAGCCUGUGGUUGUCUAUGGGGGGGAAUAUCUGGAGCAGGUGUCACAGCUCAUCAAUAACACUGACAAAAGUGUCCUGAACAAUUACAUGAUUUGGAAUCUGGUUCAGAAAACAGCCUCCAGCCUCGAUCAGCGGUUUGAAACAGCCCAGGAGAAGCUGUUGGAGACUUUGUAUGGUACCAAAAAGUCCUGCACACCUCGCUGGCAAACCUGUAUUUCUAACACGGAUGACACAUUGGGUUUUGCCCUUGGAGCACUGUUCGUAAAAGCCACUUUUGACCGACACAGCAAGGAGAUUGCCGAGAACAUGAUUGCCGAAAUCCGCACAGCCUUCGAAGAAUCACUACACAAUCUUGACUGGAUGGAUGAGAAGACAAAGCAAGCUGCUAAAGAGAAGGCUGAUUCCAUCUAUGACAUGAUUGGCUUCCCCGAGUUCAUCCUCGACAACAAGGAGUUGGAUGAUGUCUACGAUGGGUAUGAAGUCUCUGAAGACUCCUUCUUUCAGAACAUGUUAAAUUUCUACAACUUCUCUGCCAGGUUUAUGGCGGACCAGCUGAGGAAGCCCCCCAACCGGGACCAGUGGAGCAUGACCCCACAGACAGUCAAUGCUUAUUAUCUGCCUACCAAGAACGGCAUCGUCUUUCCUGCGGGGAUCCUCCAGGCUCCUUUCUAUGCUCACAACCAUCCCAAGGCCCUCAACUUUGGAGGCAUUGGCGUUGUGAUGGGGCAUGAGCUCACCCAUGCUUUUGAUGAUCAAGGCCGAGAGUAUGACAAAGAGGGUAACCUGCGUCCUUGGUGGCAAAACUCAUCCCUUGAGGCCUUCAAGAACCGGACUGAGUGCAUGGCGGAGCAAUAUAGCAAAUAUAUUGUCAAUGGAGAGCAUGUCAAUGGCAAGCAGACAUUGGGGGAGAACAUUGCUGACAACGGGGGACUGAAAGCAGCUUACAACGCUUAUAAAGCGUGGCUGAAGAAGAACGGGGAGGAGAAACGCCUGCCCUCCGUGGGUCUUACAAGUCACCAGCUCUUCUUUUUAGGAUUUGCACAGGUUUGGUGUUCUGUGCGGACCCCGGAGAGCUCACAUGAGGGCCUGAUGACGGAUCCCCACAGCCCUGACAAGUUCCGGGUCAUCGGCACUCUCAGCAAUUCCCGGGACUUUUUAGAGCACUUUGAAUGCCCGAUAGGCUCCUUCAUGAAUCCUGGGAAACACUGUGAGGUAUGGUAGGGAAGGAAGGAAGGAAGGAAGGAAGGAAGGAAGGAAGGAAGGAAGGAAGGAAGGAAGGAAGGAAGGAAGGAAGGAAGGAAGGAAGGAAGGAAGGAAAUAAGUUGCAUCUCUGGCAGGUCCUGUACAUAUAUCUGUCCAACUGUCCAAUGCACAGUCCUGCUCACUUGGAAGCCGUUGGCAGCCCUGCCUUGGCAUGUUCAGUUGGUGCAAGUUCUUCUCCUUUAGAAGCAGAACCUCUGCAAGGCUGACUGCUAAGCAGAACCUCCCUGCCAAGGCCACGUUUCUUAGGUCAGGAAGGACCAAAUGCACAGCUUCCCUUCUCUUAACUAAGCCCCUCACUUGCUUCCUCUGUGGGCUCUGCAGAGAAUCUCCAACUCAGCUUCUUUGGCUUUUCUUCCUAUCUCCAGCUUACCCAGGGAGCCCCCGCCCCAACCCUUUGCAGGGCCCUGGUAUCAUCUUUCUUCUGCUUCUCUAGAUCAGCUUUGCAGCUUGCUGUUUCGGGGAUGGGUCUAGGAACCACAUCCAGGAGUUUGCCUUCACUCAUGGAAUCACCAAGUUAGAAGGUAACUACCCUGAUUCAGUUGGGGAAUUCCAGCUACAGCUUCCAAGGUUUAUGGGAACUACAGAUGCAACAGGGAACCCCCUUGAAACUUGGCCCUCUAGCAUGCAUCCCAGGGAACCCUACUGGAUCAGAGCAGAGCCCACCCAAUUGAACCGAUUUGUUCCCAGCAGCCCAGAAGGAUACUUCUGAGAAGCUUACAAUGAGAACAGGAAGGUGUAACCCACUCCUUAGUUGCUUGCAACAUUUGGGGUAAUCAGAGAUAUUCUGAUUUAGGUAAUUGCCCAGGUCCAAAUCUGUCCUUCAUGCAUUUGUCCUGUUUUAUAAGCCAUCUCAUUUAGUUGCUGUAAAGAUCUCCUGCA